GAUGGAGCGUUUUCCUGGCUGCUUUCUUUGACAGGUGUUGAGUGGGGCAAAAGUCUUAAAACAGAAUUCAGCAUGUACGCCAAAGGUAAAGGAGCUGUCGUCCCUUCCGAUAGCCAAGCGAGAGAAAAGUUAGCUUUAUAUGUGUAUGAGUAUUUGCUGCAUGUUGGCGCACAGAAAUCAGCACAGACCUUCCUGUCAGAGAUCCGAUGGGAGAAGAACAUCACACUUGGGGAACCUCCAGGAUUUUUACACUCAUGGUGGUGUGUAUUCUGGGAUCUGUACUGCGCUGCCCCGGACCGGAGGGAGACAUGCGAACAUUCCAGCGAGGCCAAGGCUUUCCAUGACUAUAGCGCGGCCGCUGCCCCCAGUCCAGUGAUGGGCAACAUGCCACCCAACGAUGGCAUGCCGGGAGGACCCAUGCCCCCGGGCUUCUUUCAAGGUCCUCCAGGAUCUCAGCCUUCCCCUCACACGCAGCCUCCCCCACACAACCCCAGCAAUCCCAUGAUGGGACCUCACGGACAGCCAUUCAUGUCUCCGCGGUACCCAGGUGGUCCAAGGCCCGCCCUCCGUAUGCCAAAUCAGCCUCCUGGGAGCAUCCCCGGGUCACAGCCUCUCCUUCCAAACACCCUGGACCCCACCAGACCUCAAGGGCAUCCAAACAUGGGAGGUCCAAUGAGAAUGAAUCCCCCCCGAGGCAUGGGAGGCAUGGGCCCACAGAACUACGGCGGAGGGAUGAGGCCUCCUCCGAACUCCAUGGGGCCAGGGAUGCCAGGCAUGAACAUGGGUCCCGGUGGAAGAGGUCCAUGGCCGAACCCCAACACCAACUCAAUAGCUUAUUCAUCUUCAUCUCCAGGCAACUAUGUGGGCCCUCCAGGGGGAGGCGGCCCACCAGGAACUCCCAUCAUGCCUAGCCCCGGAGAUUCAACAAAUUCAAGUGAAAACAUCUACACAAUGAUGAACCCUAUUGGCCCUGGUGGAAACAGACCUAAUUUCCCAAUGGGACCAGGUCCUGAUGGGCCCAUGGGUGGAAUGGGUGCUAUGGAGCAGCAUCAUAUGAACGGAUCACUAGGCUCUGGUGACAUGGAUGGGUUGCCAAAGAAUUCUCCCAACAAUAUGGCAGGCAUGAACAAUCCUCCCGGCACUCCGCGGGACGACGGCGAGAUGGCAGGCAACUUUUUAAACCCAUUCCAAAGUGAAAGUUAUUCACCCAACAUGACGAUGAGUGUGUGAUUUUUUUUUUUAUUUUAUUUUAUCUUUUAUUUUACUUUUUCAUCUCCCUUUAUCUCCCUUUCCCAUCCACCCCCGGUGCGUCUUGCAUUACUCUCCCUGUCCCUCCUCCUCCUCCUCCUCCUCCUCCUCUUCGUGGAUGGUGUGCUGUGCCACACAGCCCCUGGGGAUCCCCCUGGAAAGCAGGACUCCCCUCAAGGCCCAACAUCCCAACGCCUGCAAAAUGGGUGUAAGAGCAUGAAACGGCCUCCGAGCAGCAGGAAGGGAUCUCCUCUCCGCAUCUCCUCGCCUGCUGGGGCCCUUCGUCGAGGGCCCCUCGGACAGCGAAAGGCCGAACAUGCCCCGAGCCCGCCUCUCCCAAAUCCAAAACCGGGCCCGAUUCAAGAUGCCCCCUCUGCAUUCAGCUCUAUCCCACCGUCACCCCACCAUUUAUAUCAUGCUGAUCACAAGCUAUGAGGGCUCGCAGUAGCUGACUGACACUGGGCCGAAAACCCUCAUUUAAAAAAACAAAACAAAAAAAAAAACCUCUGCUCCUGUGGCAGGAUUGAUUUGGAAAAAAGAAAAAAAAAAAAAAAAAAGAUGAACUCAUAAUGUUAUUUUAGGGCAAGAAUGGUUUUCAUUAAAUGUUUGUAUUUUUUUUGCUGUUGAUGAUAAUAUUAUUGUUCUAAUUUUCAUAAUUGAUAUUAUUCUACUAAUGUAGUUAUGAUUUCCUGUAAAGGGCACAUUUUAUCUCAGCAGCAGCAGCAGCAGCAGCAUCAACAAUGACAGAAUAAGCACACACGAAAAAUGCACAAUGAUUUUUCUGUUUACAUGAUUUUAGGUUAUUUGUUGUUUUGUCUUGUUUUUUUCGUCACUUCACAUACUUUCUUUCUGAAGUCGUAGUUUGUGUCUUUGGCUCCUAAAUGUUGUCCCCAAACCUUCAAAGGAGGAGUAAAUCCCCUCCGAUGAAGAGGUUUGCGCUGAGACGUUAGUGUCUCAGAGAAAACUAGCCAUACAGUUAAAGCAGGGGCUCGCUCGGAGCGUCAGUGUUUCUGGUACAAAGUGUCUGUCGAUGCACCUGACUGAUCAGACGCGUAGGUAUCUCGUCUUAAUAAGCAACCCUUCUCACGACGUUUUUACUGCUAGAAAAUGGCUCCGGGGAUUUCGGGACAGGUGCCGUUUCUAAUUCAGUAACAGGCGGAGAUUGAGAGCGUUUCGUGGAUUUCCUCUCGUCUCUUCUAUGGAUUUGGUCUUUGUAUGUAAAUACAACAUAUUUAGCUUGUAUUGUGGUUGUUUUCUGAUUUGUUAUUUACAAGUUGUCUGUGAAUCCUAAAGAUGUGGUUCCUUUCCCCCCUUCAUCACUAUGUUCGACCUCAUUGUGGACUCCAAAGUGGCACCGUUUUCCUCUCAGGCUUCGUUCUUGGUCUCUCGACAGCGUCUCCUUUUGGACUCGGAGAGAUUGCGGGACCUCUGACGAGCUCGUGAAGCCUUUCAUUCUUUUGCGUUUGGGUUGAACUCAGCGAUCCUGUAUGAUCCACUUUCUUAACCCAGACGACGCGGGCAAAAUAACUGUCUCUGUGGAGUUCCCAUCAACCGGUUCCCUCACUGUGGGAGUGCUGAUGAUGGGAGCAGAGUGAUGCACCUUUGAGGUUUGCAGCCACAACGAAGAGGAACAACAAUAGCAAACUUCUGUAAUGGAUAUACUUCCAUUUUGUGGAUUGUUUUCAGCAGAUUGUCUUUAUUUUAAAUGUAUUCAACUGAGAAAAAUAAUUAAAGCCCAUAGAAUCUGCACACACAGAGAAAAGCAUAGUUCCAUAUUACGCUAUUUAAUUUCUUUUCUUUCUCUAUGUUCCGUACUCUCGACCUGAUCAACGCUCACUGUUUCAAAGGGAUAAACGUAUCUCUCACGGCACCACACUUGCACUUAGCUGUGUUCAACGAUAACUAAACAGACAUUGUAGCCUCUGUGGGUGAUGGUGAUGUACUUAUUAAUUGCCUGAUAUCAAUGUGAACAGAUUGUACCCAGAAUUCAACAGGGAGAUCUCCAGGAUUUGGGCUUUCGGUGGCCUGGGGAAUCACUCUCUCCAGUGUUUUCCUUCUAUGUAGUGACACACGCCUCCCUUCUUUUCCUCCGAUCCCGUCCCCAAACCCCCACCCUUUAAUUUUUCUUUUUUGUAAAUACUGUAUAAUGCAUUUUGAUAUCAUUGACAUGUUUUGAUAUGUCAGUCACUACCAAUGAAUACAGCUGAAAGUAAAUUAUAAAUAAAAAACUGUCCAUGUUUUUUUUUGCAUAGAGAAAGGUGACUAUUUGGCUCAUGUGGCUAAAUUUAUAGAAUACAGUAAAACGUGGCUAAAUGUAUAGAAUACAGUAACACUCUUAAUGCAGACUGUAUACUAAAGACUUGUAUGGUGGGGAGGAUGGGACAGAGAGAGGACAGGACAGAGAGAAGCAAACAUGCUGUAGCGUCCUCGCUCUGCCCUUGACUCCUUGUGUUUCAGUUCAAAGUCGCUGUUGGUUUUGAGAAAUCGUGUGAAUAAUUUUUUCCAAAGGGCAUCUUCUCACAAGAAAGGAAAAAAAACAAAUCAAAAACAUGUGACCUCAUAUUGCAGUUUUUAAUAUGAAGGAUUUUUAUCAAUUUAAGAAAACUUUUAAAAAAGGUAAAAAACACUUAAGAGAAACCUCAUUUUAAAAUCAAGAACAGAUCAAAAAGUAAUACUUAUGGGGAAAAACUGUGUCCUUUGCUAUUCGCUCCUGUAAUAGCGUUGUAUAGUUUGAAGCUCUCUCACUGAUCCUCUCUCAGUCCUCUGUGUAUAUCGAUCGUUGGCCAUCUCUGUACUUCUAUUGUGAUGUAUAAUACUGUACCAUUAGGAAGAUUUGCUGGUCGGGCGGGGUGGUUAUAUUGAGUUGGGGGUGGGGGAGGAGGGGUGGGGGAUUCAAAAGGAAGGGGAUAUAAAUGAUUCUCCUGUACCAUUCAUGGUCCUUUCUGAUGACACGGCAGUAUUCAAUAUGAAGCAGUCUGUCUCUUGGGUUUGCUUUGUAUUUCAUGGUAGGAUAGUUCAGAAUCUUGUCUUAGGGACUUAGGUGUCUUGUGUAGGUAAUAAAGAUGUUCUUUGUAUGUUUCUUUAUAUUGUAAAGUUUCUUUAGACUGAAAGAAAAACAGAUAAUUUGCUUAUCAGAAAAGAAACAAUGCAUCAAUAAUAAAUGUCAUUUGAUUUUU